AUGCUUUCCGUGCUGCCCACCGCUGAGGAGAGGCUUCUCAAGAACCUGUUUGCCCGCUACAACAAACUGUCCCGGCCUGUGGCCAACACCUCCGAUGUGGUGCUGGUCCACUUUGGCCUCUCCAUCGCCCAGCUCAUCGACGUGGAUGAGAAGAACCAGAUGAUGACGACCAACGUCUGGGUGAAACAAGAGUGGAAUGAUUAUAAACUCCGCUGGAACCCAGAGGAGUACGAGAAUGUCACCUCCAUCCGCAUCCCGUCGGAAAUCAUCUGGAGGCCUGAUAUUGUGCUUUAUAACAAUGCUGAUGGUGACUUCGCGGUGACCCACCUGACCAAGGCCCACCUGUUCUAUGACGGACGCAUCAAGUGGAUGCCGCCGGCCAUCUACAAGUCCUCCUGCAGCAUUGACGUCACCUUCUUCCCCUUCGACCAGCAGAACUGCAAGAUGAAGUUUGGCUCGUGGACUUACGACCGUGCCAAGAUCGACUUGAUCAGCAUAGCCAGUGAUGUGGACCAGAUGGACUACUGGGAGAGCGGCGAGUGGGUGAUCAUCAACGCCGUAGGCAAGUACAACACCAAGAAGUACGAGUGCUGCACCGAGAUCUACCCCGACAUCACCUACUACUUCAUCAUCCGCAGGCUGCCGCUCUUCUACACCAUCAACCUGAUUAUACCAUGUCUGUUGAUCUCCUGUCUGACUGUCUUGGUCUUCUAUCUGCCCUCCCAGUGUGGCGAGAAGAUCACCCUGUGUAUCUCUGUGUUGCUGUCUCUCACCGUCUUCCUCUUGCUCAUUACCGAGAUCAUCCCGUCCACCUCGCUGGUCAUCCCGCUCAUCGGCGAGUACCUCCUCUUCACAAUGAUCUUUGUCACCCUAUCUAUCAUCAUCACCGUCUUUGUGCUCAACGUCCACCACCGCUCGCCGCGUACCCACGGCAUGCCGCACUGGGUGCGCCGGGUCUUCCUGGACCUGGUGCCUCGUGUGCUUUUCAUGAAGCGGCCACCGGCCACCGCCAAGCAGAACUGCCGGAAGCUGAUUGAGAUGAUGCACCGGACCAGCUCCUCGACAGCAGCCAGUCAGUCGCAGUCUUUCUGGGCCGGGGUGGAAACGGGGCUAGGACAGCUUGGACAGCUGGGACACACAAUGCCUGCCACCCCCUCUGACAGCUCCAACAUCCUGGCCCUUUCCCCUUCACCAUCUCCCUCUCCUACCCAGGGCCUGCCCUUGGAGGAGCACCCCAUCAAGGCCCCCCAGCUCUUCUGCCGCUCCCCCUCCAGCCAGUACUCCAUCCUCCUUGAGGAGCCUGGCAAGCUCGGGAACACCGCCUCCCCUUUGUCCUGCUCAACCCACUCCUCCACUCCAUGCUCUUCCCCCCCGUCUCUGCCGCUGGGUCCGCUGGGUCCCCUGGGUCCAGUCCACUCUCUUCCCCGGGACGAGCCACAAAUACUCUCCCCCAACGGGCAGAGCCACAGUGUAGAGCACGUGUUUGACCACCAGAGGGAGUCUAACUGGGAGCCCCCCCAAAGGGUCGGGCACCGCUGCCGCUCCCACAGCUUCCAGUACUGCUGCCUGCACGAGGAAGGGGGUGGGGUUGCUGGUGGUGGCAAGGGCCGAGAGGCUGUAGGUGAAGGAAGGCUAAAGAGAAAGGUCCUACUAGACCAACUAGCUAGAGCCUCCUCCACAGAGCCCACUGUUGACCUAGUGAUCCGGGAAACCAUGGUCCACAAAAUAUCCCCGUCGAUGAGAAGGGCCAUAGAGAGUGUGCAGUACAUCGCUGACCACCUCAGGGCAGAGGACGCCGACUUCUCAGUAAAGGAGGACUGGAAGUAUGUGGCCAUGGUCAUUGACAGGAUAUUUCUGUGGAUGUUUGUACUAGUGUGUAUACUGGGAACACUGGGACUAUUCCUUCCUCCUUGGCUGGCUGGAAUGAUCUAGAAACCUAGAUUCCAGACACAGUGAAACCGUGUGGAAGUCCGAUUCCGAGAGAGAUUAAAGACAAGCGACAGAGUUACAAUGCAAAGUUACCUAUGAGUCUCUCUAGGCCAAUAUAUUUUUAGGUUUUCUAAUAGUGGUUGAUUUAUGGUAUUUUAUGCAUUUUUUGUUGAUUUUUAGAUUUAACGUGUAGACCACUGUCUUUAUUUGUGGUUGCCAUUGGGCACAGGUUAUCAUGAGGUUAUUCACUAAGACAUGGAGGGGGUGUGUCUUUCAUUGAUUCCACAGAGCAUAUGAAUUCUUUAUGAGGCCAAAAGGCUGACAGUGAAAACAUCCUUCAAAAUUCCAUUUUGACAUUGAGCUGCGUAGCCCAAGUCCUCACCAAUGUAUUACGAAUUACUGCACGCGCGCACGCACGCACACACGCACACCUACCUACCUCAGUGUCAGAGGUGACAUGGAAGGUUUCUGAUUCAUUAGCUUGAAAUUCUGAGACUUAAAUUGAUCUGUUUCAAUUAAAUGGAGGGUAAUGUAAAAAGAAAACAGGAAUUUCUGGUUCAUCAGGGAAAAUCACACCCUAUCACAGUUUGUUUAUCUGAUA